UUGCCAAAUUCCUUUAGGCUGUACGAGAACGUGGUAGCGGCGGUAGUGGUGCUAGCACCGGACGAACUGCCGAUGCCAGUGGAUCGUUGAAACGUUCCUAUGAUCAUCACUCGAAAAGUGGCAGUUGCGAACGUGAUGUCUCACCCCAUCGCAACAAAGGCGAACAACGUUUCAAAACAGGAAAUAGCAAUUUCAAUGAGAAUACAAACCUAAAGUUUUUAUACCAUAAAAAACUCAACCUAAAAAGAUUUCCAAAAAACUACUACCGAUCACCAUAUAAAAAGUUGUUACAACAUCACUACAACUCUAUGUAGAAAGAGUUAGAAAUAUGAUUGAAAAACUAUCACAUAUCAAUUAUCAAUUAGUAGCCGCAAUGUAACACAAUACAGGCUUUAUAUGUAUAAGUCGCCUGACCAACUCCUUCUCUACGUCCCUCUAAAAUGAUUCAAUGAUUAGUAGGAGAGUCUUUGAAUUGAAAAAAUGCAGCUCUUAAACGACAAAUACAAAAUCGACAGAAGAGCUGACAAAUCGAGAGAUCACAGAGAUAAAAGAGAGAGUAAAGAAUCAAGAAAUACUAGAGAUUUAAGAGAUGAAGGCAGAGAUAAUGAUCACGGUCAUAAAUAUGAUUACAAAAAGCAUGACGAUCACAAACGUUAUAGAGAACCAAAAGGAAGGGACUAUAAACGUGAUGGUAACGAUUAUUACCGGGACGAUAAAAGAUAUAAUCGUUAUGAUGAUAGAAAAUCAUCAUAUGCCUCCACAAACUGUAAAGAUCGUUUCAAUAAUUCUAAAUCUCGUUAUGACGAGAGAAAACAAUAUGAUGAUCAUCGUUUCAAUGAUGAAAGAAGAACAACAAAUGAAGAGAGACGUGGUGGUGGAAGCAGUUUAGGUUCCAAUUUUGAUGAUCGAAGAAGAGGAGAUUUUAGUGACAGACGUAAUUAUAAUAAUGAUGAUGACCGAAAAACGGAUCGCCGUAAUAAUGAUGAUCGCAGAACACAACGUUCCUACAAUGAAGAUCGUUCAAAUGCAUAUCGCCCUAGACGUUCAAAUUCUCCAUCGCUUUCACAGCGUAACAGUAGCAAUAAUAAAUAUAGUGAACGUAAGGAUGACACCAGACGUGAGCGCAAACGUCACUCACGAUCUCGAUCUCGUUCUCGUUCAAACUCGGCCGAUAAUUUGAAUGAAUCUAAUUUAGCGCCAAAUAACAAUAAUUCUACACAGAGAACGGCUGCAAAUGAACUCGCUACAGAAGUCAAACGUCCAGAGGUAGGAGAAUCACAAACAUCGGAAAAGAAACCUCUACCUUCAGCUCGAAAUUUUGAAGCUCUUUUAUCCCUGCCACUUAGUGAAAAUGCACCUAAACAUCCUAACGUUGUUACAGUACCUGCGGUCAGUGCUGCUGCAGCUGGUUCAAAUGUGGCAACUGCUACUGUACAAUUGCCCAGUUAUUAUAAUCCAAAUGUCAUUAAUCCUAAUAAGUAUGUUGAACAAAUGCAAAAACGUAAACUCAUAUGGGGAGCGAAAAAAACCGAAGAUUCAGCCUCCAAAUGGGGUCAUGCCCAAUUCUCGCAGGAUCAAGAUGGCAAAGUUGCCUCAAAAUUCAUGCGUCUUAUGGGCAUUAAAAGUACAACUGGUAGUGGAGGCGGUAGUGAUUGCACUACUUCACCAAAUGAAAGUGAAAAAAAGUCCCCGAUAUCUACCUCCCCUUCGAAUAGUACCGAUGUUAAAUCUCGUGAAGCCAUGUUUUCUUCAAUGGAACAACAAUAUGAAGUAGCACGUCAGGUUACACAUACUAUGAGGGGCGUUGGUUUAGGCUUUGGUUCAUCGAGACCUUAUUAAGUUGCCUCGCCCUGGACCCUUAACUAAAAUAAAGAAUUAAAUGCGAAUUUUAAAGUUUUUAUUCUUUAAGGCCUUAUUUUGUAAAUUGAACGUUUGAAAAUUGGAAAAAAAUAUUUCAGUAUUCUUUUUCUAUUUAGUUAAAGAAAGCGUUACAUUUUACAAAAUGAGAAUAUUUAUUUCAUCAAACAAAUAUGAAUUUUGUUAAUGUGUGUAUAAGUUUUACAUUAAUUUUAUUUAAAAAAACAAAAAUGUAAACAAUAUUCUAGUUAUCCUGAAUUUCAAAAUAAAUAAAUGAGAAAUGUGUAUUAAUUUAAAA